AUUCAUGAAGCCGAACGAGAAGCAACCAAGUUUACCUUUGCAGACUAAGAACGAGCCUUUGCCUAUAUCUGAUCCACAAUGAAUUCUAUCAGAAGGAACCGAUCCCCAUAUUUUAAGAGCUGAAGAACCCCUUGUUAUUCACCAUAAUGAUAAUAAUCAAGGAUCUUCCUAACCAAUCCCUGCCUAAUAGUCAUAUGGAGAGCUCCCAAGAAGUCCGAAAUUCUUCUCUUUUUGAAAGCAGUAAACAAAGCGAUGAAUACCACGAAUCAGACUCAUACUCACCAGAAUCCGAAGAAUACCGUCUUAACCUGUUACUGCAGAAAGAUCCAGGGAAUAGAUGUAGUGACAAUAGUGUUCGAACUGUUCCGAAGAGAGGGGUUAGAAAACGGAGAUCGAGGAAAAAGUGUAAAUAUAUACCGAGAAGCAUAAUACCUAAUGAGGACUCUAAAAGCGAAAAAUUUGAGCUGGAAUCCAAUAAAUUAGACAAUGAUCAUAACCUUCAAGGAUAUUGGGGGAGGAACUAUCUUCAGGUUAACAUGAAUUACCUCGAACCAAUAAUGGAAAUGAACAGUUUCGACGAACGAGGAUCUGUGUCUUUAGUCUGAUCCCAUAACAUGAAGUUUAAAAAUGUUGAAUACUCACAUUGGGAUCAAGGACAAUGGAAAAGAGGUCAAAAUCCUGCCAUGAACCCAAAUCUUGUAUUUAAUUACAGAGAUGCUGAGAUUAACGAGCUGAAAGAACUAAAGAGCAAUGAGCCCCUCUUCAACAGGAUUCCAUACUUAUUUUAUAAAAAUACAAGCAAGGCUUUAAAAUAUAGCAGAAUGAAAGGAAGGAAAUCCCUAUCUUGAGGACCACAUUGUAAAAAUAUUCGGAAAAAUCCUUACUCAAUGGUCAAGAAAAUGCGAGUUCGUCGAAGAUAAUAC